AUGUUUAAAAGAUUCAUAUCAACAAAGCCACCUCCAUUUCAUAAACAAGGUGGCUCCACUGUUAGAAUCCAAUCCCCGGAGCAUAAACUCAAAUCCACAAGGGCCAAAGAGUCACCUUUUGUUCAAGAGCUUGUGCUCACCGGACGACCAAACUGGGAAAAAGCUCCUCCACAAUUGAAACAACGGUACAAGGGUAUAUUCCUUGUUCUUUUGUCAGUGCCAAUUAUAUUCAUCACCAGUUUUGAAAUGUACCAACGACUAGAAGGGCAAUCAACAAAGAAGAUCCAACAAGGAGAGAAGUUGCCAACUGGUGAGAAUAGAGACUUUGAUGAGAUGGAAAAGUACAAGGUGGAAAAAGAGUCAGUUAUGUACAAGCUAUUUGGAAAAGACUUCUUUUUGGACGGAUUUACGAGCAAAACAAUGAAGGUUGAUAAAAACGAGAAAGGAAAAUGA